AUGUCGAACUCGAUUAACGUAAUAAAUCGAAGUCCCAAAACCAUACGAAUAGGCUUUUUCAAGAACCGUGGUCCUUAUCAACCAUCAUUCGAUGCUGAAAAGAUCGUUGAGGUUCAGCCACAUGGAAAUCAAUCAGUAAUACUCGAACAUGGAUGGGAAGGUCGUAUUCAGAAACUCUCCGGUGCUGCUAAUGACCCAGCAACAUGGGCUGAAAUUCAUUUUAACGCCUGGCAAAAUAUGACAUUUGCCGAUAUCAGUCUUAUUCGAGGAUACAACGGAUCAAUGGUCUUUACAAGUAGCGACGGUACCCUACGUACUGGCAUGACAGGUGACCUAUGGACAGAUGCGCCGAACAAGUUCAAGAUAAAAGAUUCUCAAGGCAACGACGUCGUCGCUCCGACUGAGCCAUACACAGGUGAACGAAACGAUGAACUUGUUGCUUACUAUCGACGUAAAGUAACCGAAGGAAAUGGAUAUCUUAUUCCGGACGAUCAUGGUAGCUCACAUGGCACAGGAGAUACUCACAUUAAUCUUGAAGUUUAUGAAAUUAAAAGUAACACUAAUGAAAAUAUUACAACAGAGACCAGCUCCAGAGUCAUAACCAUUCGAUCGAACGCCAACGGCCAAUUUGUAUGCGCCGACAAUGCUGGAAAUAGUCCCUUAAUUGCUAAUCGUGAUGCUCCAUCUACUUGGGAAACAUUCGAUCUUAUCACUCUAAAUGGAGAUAAUGUUGCUCUCAAGUCACAUGCCAAUGGACAAUAUGUUUGCGCUGAAAAUGCAGGAAACAGUUCUUUGAUAGCCAAUCGCACUUCAAUUAGUUCUUGGGAAACUUUUCGAAUCGUUGAUCGUGGUAAUGGAAAGGUAGCUUUUAUUGCAGUUAAUAGAAAAUACGUCUGUGCUGACAACUUUGGAAAUAGCGAAUUAAUUGCUAACCGAACUACUGUCGAUACUUGGGAAACUUUUGACUUAGUUCCACAGUGA